CAUAAAUACACUUUCAUAAAAUAAACAAUUCAUAUUUCUUCUACAAGGUGUUAUUGAUGUUAUUAGUUUCUGCUACAAUUAAAUUUGGUGCUUUAAAUUAUAAGUUACAAUCUAUUUGUCAAAAGUUUCAUACAUCUCCCAGUAAUCGAUGAGGCAAAUCAUUUGUCUUCGUCUAGUCAGUUCGCUUCUGACAUCCAAAAUGAGAAGUCAUACGUAUAUUGAUUCCUUGGGCUCUGCCAGCAUUAUGGCAAAAAUCCUCAACGGCAAAGAUCUUGCCAACGAGAUUAAAGAAGAAUUGAAACUGAAGGUAGCGGCUUGGGUAAAUGAAGGUCAUAGAACUCCAAGCCUACGCUGCAUAAUAGUAGGAGAUGACCCGGCAAGCCGUACUUACGUUAACAACAAGGUCAAAGCCGCUAAGUUUGUUGGAAUAGAUGCUUUGGCUAUCAACCAUGACGCCACCAUAUCUGAAGACGCAUUGAUUGCUGAAAUCGAACGAUUAAAUGCAGAUGAAAAUGUCGACGGCAUCUUGGUGCAAUUACCUAUCCCCGAAACAAUGAAUGAAAGAAAAGUUUGUAACGCAAUAACUCCCGAGAAAGAUGUUGAUGGGUUCCACAUUAUCAAUAUUGGAAGAUUAUGUACGGACAUGCCUGCCAUCGUACCCGCUACUGCAUUAGGCGUUGUGGAGAUGUUGAAAAGGUACAAAAUCGAAACAUUCGGACGUAACGCUGUGGUUAUUGGGCGGUCUAAAAACGUUGGGAUGCCAAUAGCGAUGUUGUUGCACAGUGAUAAGAGACACGACAGUGGGUUAGGAAUGGAUGCGACGGUCACCAUCUGUCACCGUUACACGCCGAAGGAUCAGUUGGAAUUCUACUGCCGUAACGCAGAUAUCAUCGUCACGGCUACAGGUCUACCCAAACUCAUAAAAGCUGAUAUGGUCAAACCCGGUGCUACAAUUAUCGACGUGGGCAUAACUAAAGUCAUCGAUGAAAAUGGAAAGUCCGCACUCACCGGCGAUGUUGAUUUUGAAGAGGUAAGCAAAGUCGCUGGUGCAAUAACUCCAGUGCCUGGAGGCGUAGGACCCAUGACAGUGGCAAUGUUAAUGCACAACACACUGCAGGCCGCACAAAACCGAGUCCACUCGUACAAACUACAAUAGACUAAUGUUAUAAUUGUUAUUAGAAUUAAAUUUAUUAAAAAGUUUAUGUCGCGUAGAUAUUAUGCUGAGACUGAUAAUUGUAAAUAAACGAGCAUGGCAAAGUAGUAGUGGUAGGAUAUAUUUCAUAUCCGCCCGGAUAGCCACCGCACACAAGGUGUUAAAACUCGCCAUAGUGGCCCACGUACGUGUGUCGCGUUCCGGGAUCAGCCUGUGUAUUCGGUUCCAACAGGCCGGCAUAAUUAUGUCGUCAAGGGGUAAUCUCUCAUCAGUCGACAUUGUAUUGAACCCUACACUUUGCCAUGCAGCUAUAAAAGUCUCCACUGCGCCUGAUAGUGGAGUGCCGUUCAGAAUGUCGAUUGAUGAGUGAUGUUCCAUCGACAGUCGAUCAUUCAGCCUGUUCGAAACCGGUACAUGCUGAUCCCGGGAUAUUUAGAUAUAUUAAAUAAAGCCUGGCUUUGUUGAUAUAGUGUUCCUAUAACUUAUUUAGAGUUGCGACCCUUUGUCGCCAAUGCAUGGCAUUUCUAAAGCAAUUUUCCGUAGACAAAAAUAAUAAUGAUAAAUGAUCUUGAGAUGCCCAAUAGUUACUUAUUGACAUUUACUAAAAAUGACAUUAAAAAGAUGAGUCAUAAAAAAGAAAUCUCUAUUUUUUUUACAUUAUUAUCAGUUCUCAAUAUAAUUUCAGACGAAUAACUCGUUUUUUUAAAGAGUAUUAUAUUAUUAAGUAACCUAAUUGUGCGGUUAAAAAUCGAUAUCGAUAUAACUAUAGUAUAAAAAAAUUGCAUUCGAAAUUCGAACGUAUAAAAGCAAUGAGAAUUCGACCAUAAUGAAUAGACAAUGUAUAGAUUAUAUUGAUAUCUAUUUUAACCUCACAAUUAUGAAUCGAAUAAGAUUAUUAUUUAUUUUUAACGCAUUCCUUGUUAUUAUGGAUAGGCUGUGAAUCAUCUAGAAUA